ACGAUAAGAGUACGUCACAUGGAUCAACUCGUUGAAGAACGAAGUAAUGUAUUAUAUGAGAUGACGGGAUGUAACGGAAAUAAGUAACACAUAUUGUAAUAAAAAUAUUUUCUUCAAAAUAAGACGUUUUAAAUUGAUGGAGGAAGAUGGCGGUAAAAGAAUGAGAGGCAGAGCUCGUGGUAGAGCCCGUGGUCGUGCUCGUGGCAGGACUCGAGGAAGAUCAAAAAAACAAGUUAAAGUUAUUGAAAGCGAUGAAGAAGACCAACCCCCACAAACAGAAGAAACCCCAGCUGAAGUUACUACUGGAGAACCGGAGGAACAUGAACCCCCACCAUUGCAGCAAGCUCCUUUGGAGCAACAGUUUGAUUUGGAAGCAGAUAUAUCACAACUGGAGGCACCCACUUUUACAACUAUUAAUAGAGGACCCCCUGAACCUAUGUUACGGUUAAGAUGGGACCAUCGUGUUAAUCUCAUCGGUGAAAAAGUUCUUAAUCCUAUGAUACAUUGUUGCGACAAAUGUUUAAAGCCUAUUCUUAUUUAUGGACGUAUGAUACCUUGUAAACAUGUCUUUUGUUUAUCUUGUGCCAAACGAGAAGAUAAAGUUUGUCCACGUUGCAUGGAAAAAGUUUCCAGAGUAGAACAAACAGGUUUGGGUACUGUAUUUAUGUGUACCCAUGGGGGAACAAGGUAUGGAAAUGCUGGUUGUAGAAGAACAUAUCUCAGUCAACGAGAUUUGCAGGCACAUAUUAAUCAUCGGCAUAUAUCUGCUCCUCCACAACCAGUUCAAGGAAUGCCAGUUGAACCUUCCCAAUACGUGCAUUCUAAAUCAGAUAUUGAAUCACAGUUGUCUAAAGUGUCUUCUGUUUCAAUGCAGAAUUCACGAAUAAAGCCAGUGCAAUCUCAUAUGGUGCAACCCAUUAUGGGAAAUGAUCCAAGAGUGAAUUCAAUGGUUAAUCAACAAUCUGUGGAACAUAGACAACAACAUAGACCACAAACAAUCAUAUCUAUGCAAAAUUAUCCACAAAAUUCUGCACCACCUCCUAGUAAUGGACCCAUGCGAACUAAUCUCAUAACCGUACCCAUCCAAGACACUACAAUGGCAACACAUGAAAUACAUUCUCAGCAAGGCCAUCAUUAUUAUCCUCCUCCACCCCCACAAGUGAAUUAUGGAACGUACAAUGUUCCACCACCUGUUUCACAAACACAACAAUAUUAUCCACAAGCUCAACACCCGACACAAGUAUCUUAUGUGCCACAACCUCCAUCUCAGCAACAAUAUGUAUCUUCUACCCCAACUUCGAUAAGGCCAUCUCCAACUGGAUAUAUACAAGAUCCACAAUAUGGCCCACCACCACCACAACAGCCACCUCCCCCACAGCCUCAAUGGUCACAACAUCAACAACAAUUUUACAGAUAGAAACUAAUUAUACUAUUUAGUGAUCAUUGUGAAAACUGCAUCAAGGUGUUGUGAUAAAACUAACAUGGAUAAUA